UUCUUCUCUCACUUACUCGUAUAGAUAUUUUAUGAGUAGUUUCACGAGACAUGGUAAACAAUUCAAAAAUAGUAGAUUAAAAAAUAGUAGUUUCAAGAGGCAAGGCAAACAAUUAAAAAAUUCUCUCCCUUGGUUGCCACAAGAAUUGAUAUUGAAGAUCUUGGAGGAGCUUCCGUUGAAAUCUAUAUGUAAAUUCAGAACGGUGUCCAAAUCAUGGAACCAACUUCUUUCGUCUCCCUCUUUCAUCCCCUCUUCUCUUUCAUUCCCUAAAACUUUCUUUCUCUUUGAGAACUCCUCUCUCUCAUCCCCCAAAACUUUCUUAAAUUUCUUUCCCUUUAAGAGAAAUUGUGAGGAGGAUAGGUUGUUUUAUGCUGCUGAUAUUGAGUACAACAAAGCUUCAAUCUGCAAAGAAACAACUUUUCAGCAUCGAAGCAUAGGUAUAUCAUGUUGCAGUAAUGGCCUACUGUGUUUCCUCUCACAACCGGAGAAAACAAUUUUCAUAGGAAACCCACUGACGCAAAAGGAAUUCGUCUCCAUUCCAACACCCAACACCCAAGUCGAUGACUACACCAUGGCAUUUUCAUUCGAUCCUAUCAGCCGAAACAUCAUCAUCAUCGCAUUCGAGUGGAACUUGGUCGACCACAAGAAACAUAGCUUGUGGAUCUACGAUUCGGCCAUUCAGAACUGGAGGUCACUGGAUGUUGGGCUUCCGAUUUAUGACCGAUCAAGCAGCCACCCCUUUUGUACGUCCCACUGCAUUAUUGGUACCACUUGGUAUGCCUUGUGUCAUCAAAGUGUAGUAUGUUAUGACAUGAAGAAAAAAGCUUGGGAGAAGAUUGAUUCCCCAUUAAGCCUUGAGCUUGAGCUUAUGGAUUUGAAUGCUUGGUGGUAUUCCCAACUCUUAGAGUGGAAUGGUCGACUUUCUUGUGUGAUAACAAGUGGAAUUGGCCUUGAUGGAAUUGGAAGUCUCAAGGCAGGGGUUUGGGUCUUUUCCUGGGAAGAGAAGAAGUGGGUGCAGGUUUUGCGAGCAGAUCUCAAGGAAUGGGGGCUCACUGAAAGGUACCGUCAUAUUGGCUUCUAUGAUGAUAUUUUUUUUCUUGUUGCAUAUAACAAGUGCGUAACAUAUGACAUGAAGAGUCGGCAGCUGAAGAGAUUUGAAUCAGAUGAAUCAGAAGGCUGCUUCUUACCUAUGCCAUUCCGACCCACCCUAUUGAGUUGGAAACCAAACUAUCAAAUUUCACACCAAAUCGCUGAAAAGAGGAAUUUUGACUCAUUAUCAAAGAUAAAUACUCUCAUUUUAUACAAUCAAGAAUAAAUGGCUUGGUUUCAUUGUAUACAAUCUUGCUUUUAAUUCAUAUUUUUGGGCAAGCUUCUAAUUCAUAUUUUUGGGUAAUUCUUAAUGUCAA